ACCAAAUCCAGACUGGCAGCUCGAACUGGUCGGAAUAUACCGUCAUUACUCUCAAUCGGCGAACUUGAUCCUGGCCAUGGAUAAAUCGUCGACGACGACUGCUAGCACACCGUAUGCCGACUAUAGCUCAACAGAUCAAACCAGCAUGUAUUCUGGAGUGAGAGGGCUUGAUUAUUGCAGCGCUGCCGUAUCGCAGGGGGUAGGGCUUUACCAAGGCCAUGCCAAGUCUUACGGGGGCCUCGACCCGCAAGGAUUCGACGGCCAUCUCGUAUCGGGCAUCGGAGUUCAAAGCACCACCAACUCGUACUCACAUCUCGGUGAUAGUCGUCAUCGUCUCCAUGAUUACAACCCGCCAUCGACCUGUAACUCGAUGUCCAGUAUGAACUAUGUUUAUAACCGUUCGGCGUAUGCCUACCCCGGCUCCGUCAAUCAUUACGGAAACUCCGAGACCGAAUACCCUCACAUCCACAAACACGUCCGAAGUCCAACGUCGGCGGUGUCGUGUGCGACAUCGGGUAUCAACUUUAAUGGUAGCUACAACAGCGAUUCACCGUCGAUAACGAACCUUGAUUCGCCGUCACCAACGUCUUGUGCGUUGGGUUCUGGGCAAGAACCUACAAGUGGACAACCGCUUGGCUCCAAUGGUGCUGCCACCGAUGAUGAGGCGAGAGCGAACGCCAUUACGAAUGGGAGGUCGCCGACAUCAAGCUCCAACGGCGAGGCGCAGUCACCAUCAGGAGAAGCCGGUCUUUACAAAUGGAUGAGGAUUAAAAGAAAUCCUCCAAAAACAGGUCAGUCAGUUUUGUGUAUUUAUCUAAAUUUCUUCCUUUUCCAAAAUGUACAUUAUAGUGUUGAUUUGCAACCUGCAGCGCGUGUACAUUGAAAGAGGUUGAACGACGACGAGAGGUCGCGCUCGACUAGCAGUUCGUGUCUUUAAUAUUCAUGUUAGGCCCUCCCGCCAAGUAUAGGCGUUAAAAUCCAUUUUUGGCAUCCUUUAUUAAGACAUUGUAGUGAUCUAGCCUGAAUACCAUCACUGCGAAGGAAGAUGAAAAAAUCAUAACGCUUAAUGAAAACAAGACAAAUGAGCGUGCAUUCUGCGUGCUUGUUACAUAUUAUAGCCAAAGGGUAAGAUUUACGGUAAGCUACUCUGGCUUAUCUUGGCUUACGGCGCACUACACUAAAUACACUAGGCAGAAGAUAAGCGGCAAUUUGAGAACAAAUACCUGAUGAUUUGUAAAAAUUACGAUGAUGCACGACGAUUCCUAAUUUUUUAUUUCAAUUGAUGUAAGUGGCUCGAAUGUUUCUAUAGGCGAACGAUGAUACCUCUGCGAUUUAUGCGUUUAUUUUACAGAUAUUUUCAGAUGACGACUGCGCGAGUCACUGAAUAAGACCUUUGUUAUUCCAAUGUAUAUAUUUACAAUCGUAUUACAAUUUUAUUUUACCACAAAUUAUAUAAUUAGAUGCAAUACAAUAAUGACAAUGAAGUGACUGAAUGAUAUAUUGCAAGUAAUCAUCUCACUGUAUAGACCAUAUAACAAUGUAAUUGGUUCUUUGAAAUUGAUAAGCUGUUUGAUGUUUAUGGAAUGUAUGUAUAAUGUUUAUGCAGCAAUAUGUACAUUACUUACACGCCAUAUAUACGUCUAAUUCACCGCACGUUGAUAAUUAAUUAGAUACAAGUAUUAAAAUCUUAAUAAAUAAAUUGAAAUAAAUUAAAGAUGAGGAAAUUAUAAAUGCUUCUGGUUGCAUCAAGUUAAAUAUUUCAUAACGACGGUCACCUGAAAAUCGCUCCUGUCAGCUCGUAAAAUGGUAAACUGCAGGUGAUUUUUACACUAAAAUAUUGCACUUAAGUAUGCGUUUAUAGCCAAAUAUAAAUUGCUACAAUAACGAGAGAAACGGUUAAUGUCUGUUAAGCAGCGAAUCGUAUCGAGUCAAGUCGACGGGCAGUCCCCGCUCAUCGGCCGGGAGCGUCCAGGCGUAGAGACUCACUUCACCGCUCUCACCAAGUUGCAUGACCGCGGCCCUCUCGACAUGUCACCAAUAACAAUUACACACGCCUAAAAAAAAGUUUUAACAUGUCGCGCUUUUUUUUACAUAUAAUUGUCUCGACCUUCAGGCAAUUUACCGAUCGGAUUAAAUGAGAUCAAUAGCUGUUUAAUACUCUAAAUACUCUGGCGUUUGAUGCAAGAAUAUAACCCGAGUCGUCGUUGCCCCGAAAGGUGAUAUUUUGGAGGGUAUUAUGCUUGAAAUAGUUUCUUGACAUGAUUCGACCAGACUCGAAUUCAAGUUUCUGAUUUGUGUUCAAGGGUAUAGUCUAAGGUAGCGCCAAGGUA